AAGAACCUCAUUUGAUUCAGCAUCUUCUCUUUAUCUCUUUCUCCAGAGAUCAAGAGAGUUGCCUGAACUGAAUCACUUGAACAUCUCUCUUCCUUUCUUCGAUUUCUUCCUUAAAGUUGUUCCGUUUAAGCGCUCUCUUUCGCUUUAAUCAUCUCAGAGGAUGAGGAGCUUGUGAUAUAAGUUUGAAGAAUAUUAGGUUAUUUUUUGAAGGGGAAAAUGCGGUUGUUUCCAUCGGAUUCAAGUGUGACAAAGGAGCAAAGCAAUGGAGGAAACAAUCGCGCUUUGUUGUAUCUCAAUGUAUAUGAUCUCACAGCUAUAAAUAACUUCCUUUAUUGGUUCGGCCUUGGUAUAUUCCACUCUGGGAUUGAAGUGCAUGGGAUGGAAUAUGGCUUUGGAGCACAUGAGUACCCUACAAGUGGGGUGUUUGAAGUUGAACCAAGAAGUUGUCCUGGUUUCAUCUUCAGACGUUCGGUAUUGUUGGGCAGCACCGACAUGUCUCGUUCAGAAUUUCGGUUAUUUAUGGAACAACUUUCGGAUAAAUACCAUGGGGACACAUAUCAUUUGAUUGCUAAGAAUUGCAACCAUUUCACCGAUGACGUGUGUAUGCAGCUAACUGGAAAAUGUAUUCCUGGAUGGGUAAAUAGGCUGGCUCGACUAGGUUCGUUUUGUAACUGUCUACUUCCUGAAAGCAUUCAAGUGACAGCAGUUCGACAUCUUCCCAAUCGGCCUGCAUUUUCUGAUGAUGAUAUAUCAGGUUCGGCUGGAUCAUCGUUAAUGGAAGAGAGCGAGGAAGAGGAAGAUCAUCAUCUGCUGACUGCACCAAACAUCGAUGUCGCUGUUCUCAAAGAAAAGCCAAUGAGGCUUGCUAAUAGUUUCUAUUGUGGGCCUUGCUAUUAUUAGUUCUUCAAAGGUAUGUGUCCCAAAGUCAUCAGAGAAUAUCAGACCUCCUCAAGGUGCAUUUAUGAUGCUAUUGACUUCAUUUUUAUUCUGAAAGUUCAAGAUCAAUUGAUCAUUUCCCAAGCUUACUAUUCCUUUACUACUGUUAAAAAGUUUUUAACUAAAUGCUUUUAGAUUUUAAAAUUCCCCACUGAAGUUUGAGGACCAAUUUUAAAUCUGGGCUGGGUUAGGGGUGUAAAUAAACCGAGCUUG